AUGUUCCCAAAAUUUGCCCUUCUUUCUCUUUUCCUCACUGCCAUCACCGCACAGGCGCAGCUGGUCGGUACCUACCAGACGGAGACUCACCCCUCGCUCUCCUGGCAGAGGUGCACGAAGAACGGAGGCUGCCAGACCGUCUCUGGCAGCGUCGUCCUCGAUUCGAACUGGCGUUGGGUUCACACCAAGUCCGGUUACACCAACUGCUACACGGGCAACACUUGGGACAAGACCCUCUGCCCCGAUAACCAGUCCGCGCGACCAACUGUGCGCUCGAGGAACAACAGCAACGGCAAGAACAUCGGCUCUCGCGUUUACCUUAUGGCGAGCGAAUCGAGGUACCAAAUGUUCAAGGUCCUGAACCAGGAAUUCACCUUCGACGUCGAUGUUUCGCAGCUCCCAUGCGGCCUCAACGGCGCGCUCUACUUCUCUGCGAUGGAUGAGGAUGGUGGGAUGGCGAGGUUCUCCACCAACAAAGCGGGCGCGAAGUAUGGAACCGGCUACUGCGAUUCACAGUGCCCUCGAGACAUCAAAUUCAUAAAUGGAGAGGCGAAUGCGGACGGGUGGGAGCCCUCGUCGAACGAUUCCAACGCAGGAAACGGUGGAAACGGCAUUUGCUGUAACGAGAUGGACGUAUGGGAGGCCAAUUCUAUUUCCUCGGCGUACACACCGCACCCGUGCGACGGUACCCAGUCGACUCGAUGCAGCGGCACGGCUUGCGGCGGACAGAGCAACCGCUACGGCAGCAUCUGCGACCCCGACGGCUGCGACUUCAAUUCGUUCCGUAUGGGCGAUAAAUCUUUCUACGGCCCGGGGCUGAAGGUCAACACCAAUUCCAAGUUUACGGUAGUCACCCAAUUCAUUACCGACACCGGAACAGCCUCUGGCACGCUCAAGGAGAUUCGCCGCCUCUAUGUCCAAAACGGGAGGAUCAUCCAGAACUCCAAGGUCAAUGUUCCAGGAAUGGCGGAGCAGGAUUCCGUCACGACGCAGUUCUGCAACGAGGCCAAGGCAGCCUUCGGCGACCGCGACUCCUUCGGCCAGCACGGUGGGAUGAGCGGAAUGUCCAAGUCGAUGGCGGUAGGCAUGGUUCUUGUGCUCAGCGUCUGGGACGAUCACACUGCCAAUAUGCUUUGGCUCGACUCCAACUACCCCACCGACGCCGACCCAAACAAACCGGGUAUUGCUCGCGGAACGUGCGCGACGUCUUCCGGCGUACCCGCCGAGGUUGAAUCGUCGGCCGCUAACGCAAGGGUCAUCUAUUCCAACAUCAAGUUUGGCGACAUUGGAUCGACAUACAGUGGUACCGCUUAG